UACCAACACACUCACUCACUCUGACUCACUCAUAAUAAUAAUGGAGAAAACGACAAACAACAACAACAACAGAAGAAGAGGAAGAAAACCACAACAACAACAGCAACAGCAACAGACUAUCAUCAUGAGUAAAAACUCACCAGGGCUCGAUCGAUUCGAUGACCUACUGAACAGACUAAGAAAAUCAACACUCGAGAAGGAGAACCCAUUCCCAUCCAUCCAUGCACCCAAACCAAAACCACCAUCACCACCAAAACAGAUCUUCUCACCACAAGAACAGCAAGAACUACCAACUGAACAAAUCUCAGUAGAACCACUACCAGAUCCAAAAAACCCUCCCUGUAAACACACUCAUUCAUUCAGUAAUAAUAAGUCACCUCUCUCGACUCCUCCUCAGCCUCCCUCCUCAGUCAUCGUCAACCUCUCCUCAUCUUCUUCAUCCUCAUCAACAACAACUACAACUACUACUACUACUACUACUACUCCGCUCGAUCAACCAUCAGCAUCGCCAUCACCAGAAGCAGCAGUAGCAACAACAACAACAACAACAUUAACAUCCCCAUUAUCAUCAUCCACAGAAAACAGUAAGCUCGAUUGGGCUAGCUUGGUCGAAGCGGCGCGUCAAUCUGAUGCCGAAGAAGACCAGCUGCCUGACUUGACCGAAUGGGCUACCUCUCCUAAUCACCACAAUCUAUCUCCCUCUCAAGAACAACCAAACAAGAACAUCAUACCUCCGACUGAUCCAGAUAGUCUCGCUCCUCCUGGUGCUCAGCUUAAUGUCCAAUCUCGGGAAGAAAUCGUCGGCGCUUUAGGGAGGUUGGUUAAGAUCCAACUCGGCGGUGCUAUCCAAUCAUCAUCAUCUGCAGUUAAGAGCACCGACCGAUCUGAAGACCCCUCGACCUUAACCAGACCUCCGCCAACCACGACUAUUACUCCUCCUGCUGCUUGUGACGCCGACAACAACGAGUAUACCAAAACGAGCAAACCAGACUCUCAUGCUUCUACGGCUUCAGUCAGCCAACGACGACAGCCGCUUCAAUCGCCCCUCUCCUCUUCCUCGCGGCUGUUGAACCAAAAACAAAAGCAGUCGAUUGCCCGGCUCAUCAUGCCCGUCUCCCCGGUACCCUCUUCUUCUUCUUCAGCCUCUCCCUCUUCUUCCUCAGCCACCACGACAACGACAACGACCAAUAUAAAUACGAAUGUCGGUGCUAAUCUGAUCGAUUCAUCAACCUCUCUUACACCGACUCCUGUAUCCUCUCACUCGCGUCCCAUCCAUCCCCCACUCGUCCCCUCUUCAACAACAACGGUCCCUCCCGCCGCAGGCUCUUCUUCUUCUUCUUCGACUGGCCCCUCUCACAUCCUCGCCGGUUCUCUCUCCCUGAACGACCAGUCGUCUGCUCCUCGGAAAGAUCUGCCGGUCCGACUGGUCGAUUCGGUCGCUUUACGACUCGUGUCUGGUCGGCUGUCUUCUAAUGCUAAAUCUACUCCUUCUUCUCACACUGUCGAUCAUCCCAAAGCUCGCUCGUCUGGCCCGGAUCCCUGCACCUCUACGGCCUCUGAUCAUCUCGUCGGCCCCGUGAAGCUUGAUCAACCGCUUGCGUUGCCUGAUGUUUCGUCUGCUAAACUUCCCGACUCUUCUUCUUCUGGUUCUGUUAACCUUACUAAGAAGAAGGUCAUGGAAAAGAAACUCGGCCAGCGCUCGCUUGCCGAUCCUUCGUCUUCUGUCCUCCCGGCUCCCGCCACUCAUCCGGGCGUCGAUCUUGCCAGUAAUAUCCUCAAAGACUCGCCGGAUCCUACAAUCGUCUCCUCCACUUGCUCGUCGUCGAAUGGGAUGCCGACUGGGAUGGCAUCGUGUAUCGCGGGGGAUGGCAAGAAGAUGAGGAAACCUAGGAGGGAGAAGAAGGCGAAAGUGGGCGGUGGUAUUAUGAAUGGAGAGAUCAAGAAUGGAGAGAUCAAGAAGAAAGUCUUCUUGAAGGAAGAACAACGGCAGCUAGGAACGGUCAACCAAAACAACCUUGCUCUCCCCCACCACCAUCCAUCUCACCCAACAACAACGACUUCAGUAUCAUCAACCUCUGAACCUCCUCCUCCUACUCAUGACCUGCAUCUUCGUCACCCCGCUAGACUCGCACCUCGCUCCUCUAAGAACUCUAAUCGUCCCUCUAUUCACUUGUUCGAUAAACUCACCGGCGGCGGAUUGUUGAAAUCUUGAUUCUCGUUUCUUGUCCCUCUUUUCAUUUUCUUUUCAUUUUCUUUUUUUUUCUUUUUUUUGGAAUAUCUGGGAUGCUUUUAGGAGAGCGAUUUUUUUUUCUUGGGUUUACAUAUUGUUGUGUGUGUGGUUGUGGUUGGUUGGUUGGUUGGAGUGAUGGGUGGAUUAUAUGAACUUGUUUAUCAUGUAUAUCCUUUGUUUUUUGUGGGAAUAUCAUGGGUAUGGAUGGGUAUGGAUGGGUGAUAAUUCGAAAGGCGACCACUGACCGGCCUCUUCUUGGCAGACAACAACCAUCGGCGGUGGUCGAUCAUCUGUCUCUUUCUGGUGCUCCGUCGGUCGCCUUCUUCUCUCUCCCUCUCC